AUGCUUAUACGGGUCGCUCAAGAGCCUUCCUGCUCGCAUGGACCACUAUUCACGCUUUUCUCCAUCUCCGCUGUCAAUCCAACAGUUCCUAGACUUCGGUAUCUGAAAACUCUGCAAGAUCUCUUGGAAUUCACAGAUCAGAAGCCUGUACCUGUUAAUACUGAUCGAUUUACUGACAGCCUGCAGAAGAUUCGUGACAGACAUGCUAAUGUUGUUGAAACCAUGGCACAGGGAGUGAUCGAAAUGAGAGACACUCAUGGGAUCGACCCAAACAAGGAAGGAAAUUUACAAUACUUCUUAGAUAGAUUCUUCAUGAGUCGUAUUAGUAUACGAAUGUUAAUAAACCAACACACUCUAGUUUUUGGUAACAACGUACAAACCCACCCAAGAUACAUUGGUAGUAUAGAUCCAAACUGUGACGUAGAGUCUGUUAUACUCGAUGCAUUUGACAGUGCAAAGUAUCUAUGUGACCAAUAUUAUUUAGCUUCACCAGAAAUGGAAAUAACAACUCAUAAUGCUGUGAAUGAUAAUGAUAUUCAGAUUGUCUAUGUACCAUCUCAUCUUUACCAUAUGCUCUUCGAACUCUUUAAGAAUGCGAUGCGAGCUGUUGUUGAAUACCAUGGUACUGCCAGUUUAGAUUACCCUCCGAUACAAGUGAAGGUAGUGAUUGGAAAACAUGAUCUGACUAUCAAGGUUACUGACUCUGGCGGCGGUAUCCCGCGUCAUCAGAUUGAUUUACUCUUCAAUUACAUGUAUUCAACGGCACCUGUUCCACCGAAACCGGGAUCCACUACAACCGCACCAUUGGCUGGUUAUGGUUAUGGUUUACCAAUAUCACGUCUGUAUGCUCGAUAUUUCCAUGGUGAUUUACAGCUGACUUCCAUGGAAGGCGACGGCACUGAUGCUAUAGUCUAUCUUAAGGUGAUGUCAAGAGAAGCCAAUGAGCUGCUGCCUAUCUUCAACUAUGCUACAUCGCAACAGUACAAACGUACGAUCUGCACCGGUGAUUGGAGUUCCCCUGCUCCGCAACAGUUUGCUGCUGCCAAUGGCCCUGGACACAUGAACAGGGAUUCACUUGUCACAAAAACAGCUUAGGACAUUUCGUCUAUAUUGGCAUCUAUGGUCAUGGAACAGUUCUAAUUAUAUGCCAUAUUUUGUGUGUAAAAACAGUAAAUUCAAGCCUGUCUAAAAUGUUGGGACAAAUGUAGGACGUUUAAAAAAAAAAAUAACAGCAUCUGAAUUACUGCAUGAGAAUAUGGAGCUCCCUCAUUGGUGGACAUUCAAGGCACUAUGACAUCAUCAUACCAUAUUUGGUUAGCCUACCAAAUUAUAAAAGGAUAAUCAAUUGAGCAAGACGUAAUUUAUCAGAUUUUUCAGAAGUUUAUCCCUUUAAUGACCAAACAUGGAAAGGUGAUCAUAUUUAAUGACGUAACUGGUUGAUGGCUGUCGUCGGCACUUGUCGCAAAAAUGGUAUCAAAUGCAAAGACAAUCAUAAAAAUCACAUUUCAUUCAAAAGACGGAUGUUAUAACGUUUUAGAACUUUUUUUUCCCUUCUCGUUUUUUUUUUUUUUUCUUUUUGAGUGCUAAUAUCAAUCUUGUAGAAGCCUGUGUUGAAAGAAUCGCUAUGGUGAUGAGCAAUAGACAAAAUCUGCAAGUUUUAAUUGCGUUUGAUAUUUUAUUUGAAUAUCUCAGUAACGCUGCUUGCACUCAUUAAAAGUUUGUGCAUGACACUCAUCGACAGCGGCAUAUAUUUACCCAAAAUUGUACAAAGCGACAGUACCGGUACAUUUUCAAGUACACUAUAAUUAAGUUGUACGUUUACCUGCAGACAUAUAAUAAAAGUUGAUAAAUGCAGGUUUAUCUAUAGUUGUUUUUAUAAUAACCAACUAUAAACAAAGAAGACAAAAUGGUGAAUCAUUAUGAUAUACUGUAAAAUACUUUAUUUUCACUUCAAAUUAAUUUUCGUCAUAUUCGGUGAAGGAAAGAAUCGGUGAAAAUAAAAUCCAGUGUGUAUACCUUCUUUUCUAUAUUUUACUCAACUCAGAAUCAAAAAUCAGUUAAAUAAAUUCCAUGCAAAACACCCAAAAAGCCUUUUCAGUGAAAAUUAGUUCCAGUUAAAAUAAAGUAUUUUACAGUAUUCAUGUUACAAAAACUUACAAAUGGUCUGUGUUGUUUACAUUAGCAUUAUAUCAUAAAAGAUUAUCUAAAUUCUUAUACACGAUUGUCGUGUUUGUUACUUGUAUUUUGCUUACAUGCUGCUUUAAACAUUUGGUAGUUUUAUUUGUUUUAGUAAAUUGUAAAUAAAUUGGUGAUCUCUCUCACUGCCAAUAAGUCAUUCCUGGAACUCUUUAGUGCCAGUACAUCAUGCCUAAGUUCAUUGACAGCUUAGGGGGUCAGUACAUCAUGCCUAAGUUUAUUGACAGCUUAGGGAGUCAAUACAUUAUGCCUAAGUUCAUUGAUAGCUUAGGGAGUCAAUACAUUAUGCCUAAGUUCAUUGAUAGCUUAGGGGGCCCUUACAUCAUGCCUAAGUUCAUUGAUAGCUUAGGGGGCCCUUACAUCAUGCCCCAGUUCAGCAACGACUUAGGGGGUCAGUACAUCAUGCCUCAGUUCAAAGACAGCUUAGGGGGCCAUUACAUCAUGCCCCAGUUCAGCAACAAC